CCAACAUCACCACCAGCGACGCGCUACCUCACUCUUAACGACCUACCACCACAUUUCCCAAGCCAGCAAUCACAUACACACACACACACACAUAUAUAUAAUCUAUCAAAAUGAGCGUCCAACUCCCCCCCGCCACGCACCGCAAGCGCACCCUCCCACAAGGCGAACUCGAAGCCGCGUCAACGCUGAAGCUCGGCGCGGACCAGAACACGCAUACGCUGUCGCUGUCCGAGGCAAGAUUGGUUAUUAAUAAGGUGUUGGAGAAUAAGCGGAGGGGUGGGAAGAAGUAUGAGGAGCCGGAGAACCUUACGAAAACGCUCGAUUACUUAGAGGUGUUUGCGCGGUUCAAGGAUGAAGAGAAUAUCAAGGCUGUGGAGCGGUUGUUGAAUUCGCAUACGGAGUUGGAGAUGUUUGAGCGGUCGCAGCUUGGAAGUCUGUGCUGCGAUAACGCCGAGGAAGCCAAAUCGCUCAUUCCGAGUCUGCAGCAUAAGAUCUCGGAUGGCGAUUUGCAGGAGCUGCUGGAUGAGUUGACCAAGCUGCGCAAUUUCACGGAGUAGCUUCAUCCUUUCUUUAUUUUUUAUGCAUGUUGUGUUCGUGUACGUUGCUGUACCAUAUGGCCAUUCUAUGAGCAUGGGGUCUGUUUUCGGGAUAGCAUGGAGUUAUGGAGUUAUGACGCAUAGUUAAUCUAUACUGUCUGUGCAAUAAGACAGGAGAGGGAAGAAAAAGAAAAAGAAAAAGCAGGGGGUAUCGUUAAGAAAAAGGAAAAUUGCAUUGGCGGUUGCAGGACGAUCAUGUCGUCAUGGGUGGUGGUUGUUCUUUUCUCUCUCGUUCCCUUUGUUUGGGAUAUGGGACGAUAUACACAGUAGCUAGUCAGUCACCAUCUAUUGUGUACUGCAUACAGUGUUAGAUAAGAAGCAG